UUACUAACCACAACAGCAACAAAGGUAAACAUCAUAGGAAGUAAUCUGCAAGACAAGCAAUAGGAAAGCAUUUAUUUGCCCCCUCAAAGUCAAGUUCAUGAAGAUAAGAGAUCCAGACAUGUUCAUGAUUCUGAUUCUGCUACCAAAGAUCAUCCAGAUCAUCUUGUUUGGUCUUUUUUAUUUCUGCUUAAAUUGUGCAUGAGGAGUGGGAUGGUAGCCUACAUUGUCGACUCUGUGGUCAAGACGAUUUAAGUGGUUGUGAAAGAUGAGGUAUCUACUUACAAACAUUAGACAUUUAUCUCACCUUGAAAGAAGUUUGUUUUCCAUGAGGCUUCAUAGAUCUUACCUGAGCAUCUAUUCAUCAGCUCAAUACUCAAGGAGAAACCUUUUAAAACCUCAUAGAUCAAAAAAGAGGAAUUUUAGCAUUAGCCCCAUCAGAAUCUUUGGACCAAUUGCCAAAAAUAUGAAAUAUGAGAAUGAACAAAACCUUCAGAUGUUUCGAUUAUACUCAACCUCCAGUAGAGAGGAAUACAAAGCGGAGGCUCCGAUUGGAGUUUUACAGAAUAGCAGGACUUCCCUUCGGAUGAACUUAUGGAAGAUGAGAUUCGGAGAAUCCUUUAGUCGUCUCUCCAGUCAUAUUAACCUAUACUUUAAGCCGAAACAGGACGUGUUAAUUCAUGAACCCCUUACAAGAAUACGAAGGCAAGUGCUCAGAGACACCAGAUUUAUAGGGUCACCCGUCCAUAAGCAAGCCUCCUCAAACCAGUCUGGAGGAUCUACUUUGAAUUCAAGCUAUCCUGGGCCACAGCUGUUUCAUAUCAGCUCCCUAGCGACCAGAUUUGGUGAGAGUUACACCUAUGUGGCCAACCAUAUUAACUCUAUGUUCUCGAGAAGUCCAGCAAAACAAAUCCAUGUGAUGGCAUCAUCAGAGGAUGUGUUCAAAAGGUCCAGAAAUCGAAAGAGAAGAAUUAAGGGUAAUAAAAAUGCUCUUUGUCAGGAUAAUAAGCAACCCUUGCAAAACCAAAGCAUACCAACAAGAACAUCAGCAGCAGAGGUUCAUAAUAACAAUAUAUCUAGUUCAUGGGAGGAAGGAUAUCUUCACUUUGCCCGACACAUCAACAGAUAUUUUGGGGCGAAAGUGGCAGAUACUGCUGAGGAGUCACAGACACAGGUGCACAAAUCUUCAGUAUUUUCUCUAGAGAGAACACAGGACUUGAAAUCACCACCUCAGCCCAAAUCCCCAGGCUUGUUUCACAUGAGUAGCCUCACAACACGCUUCGGAGAAAAUUACACAUAUAUGGCCAAACACAUAAACCGGUACUUCAAAGGAUCUACAGCCACUGAGGACGAGGAAAUCCACACAGAGUACUUUGGAAGUUCACUUGAAUGCUCAGUGACUCUGGAGAAACAAGUGUCCUUUUUCGAGUGCCUUUUGAAACCAUCAGCUAUACCAAGUCUUAUGGGCAAUUACCUGGGAAUGAGCAGCCGUAGUGACCAGACCACAGCUGAAGCCAGGAUCCCAGAGACCAUGAUGUAUAAAACAACUUUGGGAAGGAGAAAAGCAGAGGAGAUUACUAAAGAUCUUCUGAACAGCCUGCAGGAAGCCAUGGUGCCCUCAUCCAUCACUUCCUGUGUGGAGGAACUGAACUCUCACCUCAUUAAACACCCAGCAUGCAAAGCUGUAGUGUGGCAGGAUAAAGCAGUGCUGCAGCUUCUUAGGAGGAGGCGGAUCUUUUGGAUGAAUGAAAAACUUCAAGAAGCCAUUAGGGAAACUCUUGCUCUGAUUGGAUAUGUAGAUCCAGUCAAAGGUUGCGGGAUCAGAGUUCUGUCCAUUGACGGAGGAGGCACCAAAGGCAUUGUACCAUUGCAAGUGUUAAAACAGCUGGAGUCUCAAACUGGAAAACGGGUUUAUCAACUUUUUGACUAUAUUUGUGGAGUGAGCACAGGAGCUGUAUUGGCAUUCAUGCUGGGUCUAGUUCGUAUCCCUUUGGAUGACUGUGAGGAGAUGUAUCAUCGUUUCGGGUCAGAUGUUUUUAGACAGAACCCUCUCAUUGGUACUGUGAAGAUGGGCUGGACACACUCCUACUAUAACACAGAAACAUGGGAAAUGAUCUUGAGGGAGGAAAUUGGGGAGGAGAUUUUGAUUAAAACGGCAAGAGAUGAAUUAAGCCCUAAGGUCUCUGCUGUAAGUGCAGUAGUGAAUUGGGGAAGAAGUCCAAAAGCAUUUAUCUUUCGUAACUAUAACCAUGCUCCACAUAGACUGAGUCGCUAUCCUGGAGGAUCAGGCUAUCGAUUGUGGCAGGCUGUCCGAGCCUCAUCUGCUGCUCCAGGCUAUUUCCAAGAGUUCCCUCUUUAUGGGGACAUACACCAGGAUGGUGGUCUUAUCCUCAAUAACCCCUGUGCUUUGGCUGUCCAUGAAAGCCGAUUGCUUUGGCCCAAUCAGCCCUUUCAGUGUGUGCUGUCAUUGGGAACCGGUCGCUAUGACGACGAUAGAAGAGGACCUGCAACAUCCACAAGUCUGAGAGACAAAAUCAGCAACCUGAUUUGGAGCGCCACUGAUACUGAAGGUGUACACACUCUCCUAGAUGACCUUUUAUCACCAAACGUGUAUUUCCGCUUCAACCCAAUGCUGAGUUUAGACGUCACGUUGGAUGAAAGGAGACCCGAAGUUCUUCAGCAGAUGAGAAAAGACACACAGCUGUAUUUGGACAGAAACCAACCCAAACUGGAGCGCCUAUCCAAAGUGCUGAUGACAGAGCGUACAGCCAUCUGGAAAACACGGGACUGGAUUGGUGAGAAAGCGUGGGAACUGCAGCAGCGCUGGGCCUGAAUGGAUUUUAAAUGACCUGAUGAAAAGAAAUCUGCCUGUAUGAAGCUUGCAUGGUCCGUGAACGUAUAUGAAAAUAAAUAAUCAGUAAUUAAAAUAAUUUUGCAUGCAAAACCAUAAUAAAUGCAUACAAACUAUACUAUAUACCAGGGAUAGGCAAUGUUCGUCUUGGAGUGCCAAUGUAAUGCAGAUUUUAAAUGCUGAUAUAUAUGUAAGGAAUAAUUGAUGGCAGACCGUUGAAUUAUAAGAAAAUAAUGCACACCCAAGGUGGUAAUGCAGCACGACGCGAAGCGGAGUGUGGAUUAUUUUCAAAUAAUUCAACGGACCAGAGUCAAUUAUUACUCUUAUAGACCGUUUCAGCAGUAACAACAUAAACAAGCGGCUGUCGCGGUCCGCACGUAACUUCCGGUAAACUCCGCUAAGAAUAAAUAACAACGAAGUUCUUUAAACGUAGUUUAUUUAUAUAACAAGCAAAAAAACAACACAUAGAUUACCUAGGAAACCAAAACAUUUGUUAUUUUCGUCGAGGCAUUCGUUCAAGAGAUCAGUUUAGUAACUAGUCAGACCAUUAAAAAAAACGAAACCGGAAUUAAGGUUCGGAUCCAGACGUGUAUCACGUGCGACCGAUGAAACCGUCUAUACCACGGUUACUAAAAACAUUGCUCUGGUGUCUUUUUUAAAGACAUUUUACAGGUUAGGUGUGCAGUUUACAGAAAAAUAUUGAAUUCUCAGCCAAUCAGAAUAAAGAAUUCAACAGCCCUGUGGUAUAAGUUAAUAAUAAUGGACUGGUGUAUUUAUUUAGUAAUAAUGUAUUAUUCAUUUCUCUUGUGAAAUAAAAUAAACAGAUGCUGAUCAUGAGUGAUGUUUAGUCACAGCCAGCAGCACUCAUAUGACCAUUGCAUUGCAGUUUCUUUUUUUUACAAUUGUGCAAUAUUCUUUAUCAGACUGCAAUUCUUUCUUUUUACAUUAAAUCUAGAUUUUACUAUUGGACUUUUCUGUUUUUUUUUACAGACUACAAUGGCAUGGGCAUCCAUAGUUGUGGCCAUGCAAUAACGAUCCACAUAUAAACUGGAAUUAACAUCAAAUCUGCACAGGGUAUUUUAUCUGCACUGACCACUAAGGUUUUUGAAAUAUCAUUUUGGGUAAGAAAUCACUAUGGGUGUGUGUAAAGUGGUAAUGAGGUCAUUGUCAGUAAAACAAUGUGUGUUACAUUGUAAUGUCAUCUUACUUUCAGACUUUAGUUGAGUGAGUCAGCUGCUUUAUGUGAACUACAAUUGUGAGUGAAGACAAUGUCACUACAGACAAAUAAAAACCUUGUGCACCUUAUUAAAGGGGAAUGUUAGCUAUGAACAUAAACAUCUACAUGCAAUGCGCAUGCUGUAACCAAAUAACUGUACAAAUCAUUUCAAUUUACUUGAUAUAUAGUCAAGAAAUUACAUUUUCAUGAGGAACAACCACCUUAAACAUAACAUUGCAUCUUAAAGCAAGCUACUGAGCUUCAUAUGAUCCACUACCUUACAGUGCUCUUAAUGUAUACUAAGAUGCUCUCUUAAGCAUCUGCAAAACAAGCUGAUCUGAUAAAACGGUCCAAGAUAUUCUGUAAGAACAGAACGAGCUGACUGUGUCUAUGUUGACAAAGGUUUAUAUUGUUUCUCUCCGGAGGAAGAGCUUUAUUCAGACUCGUGCCCUGCGCUGUACAGUCUGGUGCAUGGCACUGCAACGCUUGCUGGUGAUGUCAUACACUCUGCUCUACUAAAGCAAUAGGGACAUGAGCAGAAUUAGAUCAUACUUAUGUCUCUGUUGACUUGAUGACUAAAGAAGAUUUUUUGUUUUCUCAUGACAGCCAAUGUCUAUUUAGCUAAUCGGUGUACAGUGUACAGUACGCCGUGAAAUGUACUUUAUGUGUGCCUGGAUGCCUAAGUGCCAUUGUGGGUUGGGAAUGUGUGUCAGUGGAUGAGAUCUUUUUUUCCACCCACAUCUCUUUAGUCAAGCUCUGCCCCAUUUAGAAGUGAUGUGAUAUAGAUCUUAUUCAUCACCUGUUAUUGUUCUCAUCUGGAUCAUAAUAAUACAACAAUUACAGCAUUUUCAAGCAUUCUAGUAUUCAAAGCAGAAAUGCAAAGUUGGGUUUAUUUAAUUAAAUGGCUAUAAUCUAUAAACAAUGUAAAUCUUUUUUAUGUGAAGUCACGGGUCGCAUGACCACAUUUAAAUUUUGCAGGAGAAACAAACAUUUCAUUCAUUCAGUUUGCUUAGUUUUUCACGGCUGAACAAUGAGGCCCACACAUUGAUGUCAUAUUCAAAAAGAAUGCAAAAUAUCUUUGAGAUCGGUAUGGGCUAUUUCUGGCGUAAAGAUUUGCGCUAAUGCAAA